CUCGCGAAGUAGCGAUCGUAGAUACAAGUCCUACAUUGACGUCGAUGCAGUUGACAAUUAAACUUCAGCAAGUGUGGGUGUUGUAUUUUCACAUUUGCAAAAAUAAAGAGAUAGCUGAUACAUAAAUUAUAUUUACAGAAUAAUCAAUUACAUAAAAGUAUAUUAUUUAAAUAAGAGUUAUAUUUAUCUAAUCAAACAAUGGUGGACUACAGCAAAUGGAAAGAUAUUGAGAUUUCAGAUGAUGAAGAUGAUACUCAUCCAAAUAUUGAUACCCCCUCGUUAUUCAGAUGGCGUCAUCAGGCAAGAAUUGAAAGAAUGGAAGAACGAAGACGAGAGCAAGAAGAACAUGAAAGAAAAAAGGCAGAGACAUUACAAAAACUAAAAGAUACAAAGGAAAAACUUACAAAAUUAGAAAAUAAAAUGGAAGAUUCAAGUGACUUAACUGCAUUGAAGAAAGUAUUGCAAGAUCUUGAAGAAGAACAGAAGAAGAUUAAAGAAAAAGAAGAGGAGAUGAAGAGGAAAGAAAAAUUAACACCAUGGAAUGUUGACACUAUUGGGCAAGAUGGUUUUACAAAAACUGUAAUUAACACAAGGCCACCUCGUAGGGAAGAUGACACUGGUUUAACAGAUGAAGAGAAAGAAAAGAGAAUGAAACAGUUUGUUAAGGAAAACAAACAAAAAUUGAAAGAAUUUGGUAUGCUAAGAAGAUAUGAUGAUAGUAAACAAUUUUUGACUGAAAAUCCUCAAUUAGUUUGUGAAAAUACUGCAAAUUAUCUAGUAUUUUGGUGUAUCGAUUUAGAAAUGGAAGAAAAACACGAUUUAAUGGAACAUGUUUCUCACCAAUGUAUAUGUAUGCAAUAUAUUUUAGAAUUAUCAAAACAAUUAGAUGUUGAUCCAAGAGGAUGUGUUGGUUCCUUUUUCAGUCGUAUUCAACAUGCUGAAGUAGAAUUUAAAACUGCCUUUGAUGAGGAACUUAGAGCAUUUAAAGAAAGAAUACGUAAGAGAGCUGCAGAAAAAAUAGCAGAUGCUCUGAAAGAAGCAGAGGAAGAAGAAAGAAAAGCACGUCUCGGCCCUGGUGGUCUUGAUCCUCUUGAAGUAUUUGAAACUCUUCCAGAGCCUCUGAAGAAAUGUUUUGAAACACAAGAUCUUCCUUUGUUACAUCAAACUAUAGCAGAAAUGCCACAAGAUGUUGCAUCCUAUCAUAUGAAACGAUGCGUUGACUCUGGUCUCUGGGUACCUGAUGCGAAAGCCAAGGAUAAGAAGGAUGAAGAUGAAUCUUUAAAAGAAAUAGAUGAAACACCUAAUCCUGAAUAACCUGAAUCUGUAAAUUACUUAUGUUAAUGUUGACAACUCAUUUAUGCGAGUAUCCUUUAAUAUCACAAAUGUGUUAAAAUAAAAUAUUGUCAUUAGGCAAUGAACAUAAAAUUCUUACCUCUAACGAAUUUUUUUAUAGUAAUAUUAUAUUAUCGUUACAUUAUGCUUUGAAUUACUUUAAGACUGAAUUACCGCAUACUUCUGCGUUAUUUUAAAAAUUGUUAAUUAGAUUUGAUCAAUUUUCUAUUAAAAUGUGAUACAUUUGACCUGGUUUGUUGAAGUGGAAUAUUUGGGAAUUUCUUAUGAUUUCUUUCUUAUUUACAAAACAUUAAUAUUUGUAUGUAUGUGCUAAGUAAUACAUAUAGGACACCUAUAAAUAUAUAAAUUUGA